GUCUGAACUGUGCCCGCCCCUUCCUUCAAACAAAACCCUAAAUCCAGAUCCGCCUAUGAGUAGUUCGGAAAGGUGGAGAUGAUAGAUCGCGGUUGUGUUUCUCUUUGGCGCGGGCACAGCAGUCAAGAGUUUCCCUUCCUGUAAUAGUCAUCGACGACAGGUGAUUUCUCCUCUCUUGAUUCCUUUCUAAAACCUUUCGAGACGGUGUUAAGUCAUGAACGAUAUCGGCAUUAGCUGCGAAUUGGGGGGAAAUAGCAAAAGGCGACGUGUAGAGGAAGAUGAUACUGAUAGGUUGAGCCAUCUCCCAGUCUUCGUUAUUCAUCACAUCCUUUCAUUUCUAGACACCAAAUCCGCCGUUCAGACCUCUGUACUGUCUCGGGUGUGGAGAUGCGCUUGGAAACAUGUCCCCGUCCUCAGUUUUCGAAGCGGUUCCUUCGACCGGUAUUCGAGUUUCCAGAGUUUUGUGGGAAUGUAGUGUCCCUCCGCGAUCCUGUUGGCGACGUUGUCGGCAAGAUAAGCUACAUUGACAACGAGGGUUCGGACGAACUAGAUUGUGAGCUGUUUGGUAAGGUCAUCAAAUAUGCCUUGUCUCAUGACACGCAUCAUUUAGUGGUUGACACGAACAGCACUAGCUGUUCUUGCGAUUACUCGUUCUCCGAUUUGUUUGGAACAAUCUCCAGUUGCAACCUUACAACACUGGAACUGCAAAGUGUCUUGAUCGAUGAGGCGUUUGCACAUUCUGGCUUCGGAAUGCUGACAACUUUGAAUUUGGAGUUGUGCGAGUUAGAGUAUGAUCUUGAUGAGUACUUGGAUCCUUUGUCUGGCUGUCCCUGUCUGCAGAAUUUGGUCCUGAAUCAUUGCUCCCAUUUUGUCAAGAUAUCCGGACCGCAGUUGCUUAGGCUGACAUUGGAUUGUGUGUAUUGUGACCCAUGGGAACAGAUUGAAAUAUCCGCACCAAGACUCAAGUUCUUGAGUCUUUUGCCGGAAUUAGAAGACAUGAAAUUCUCCAAGUUAAGCAUUCCUUGCCUCGAUCAUGUUGAUAUUCGGGUAACCGACAUGAACGAUUUCUUGGAAGGGAACGAGGAAUGUGUCGCGCAACGUUUCAUCUCCUUGUUUGAGUAUUUAAACAAUGCAAUAUCUCUCACGCUGGGUCCUCAUACCAUCCGGGUAUUGAGUGGUAUGACUGAAUUUCUGGAACAACAACCCUCCUCUCCCUUUAGGAGGUUGAAGACCUUGAUCAUGGAGGCCGACAGUGUACCUUACGCACUCAUCAAUUACUUUCUUAAAGGUUCUAGUAUGAAGCCAAAUCUUGAGUUUGUGUAGCAUAUUGAACGGCCAUUUUGCCAUGGUUCUCCGACUGUGGUAUGCAAUUUAGGUUGGAUUUUCUUUCUUUUUGAGGUCAUUUAGGAAGAGUUUAUGAAUUUGUCCAAACCAUAGCUACUCGGCUUGCUUUCACUGCAAUAUGUAAUUUGCACUAUCACUCAUGUCAGUUUCUUAGACCCAGUACCAUUCUGGUUUCGGUUGGUUGGUUUGAUGACAACUAUAUCUGGGUUUCAUUGUUCUCCGUACUUAUUUCUUUUGAUUUGAACGGAAUGAGCUCUCUGAAACGUUUGUUCUUGCUCGG